AUGAAGGAUGGGUUAGCUGUGUCGUUUCACAAGAUCAAUCGCGGCAAGACGCACGGAUCAGGAAGGCGUUUUGGUUUAGUUCGCUCCAAGAAUUGGACGGCCAUCAGGAAUUUGAUCGCAUGUGUCAGGGGACAUUUGAACAACUCUCAAAUUGUUCAUACCGACUGCUGGCAACCUGGAGUAUUGCACGUGCUGCAACUCCCAAUUUUCCCUGGGAUUUCGAAGCACCCAGCCUGCCAAUCAAACCGGGGUGUGCAGGGCACGGCGUUGGCAUGGGAGCGGCUCCACAUAACCUUCUCGCGGACCAAGCAGCGACGACAUCAUUGCACCAGGACCAUGAAGAACCACCGAACAAGUUCUUCUGCGGGCGCCCGUAGCUGUAGCCUAUUGGCUGGUGCGUUUCUUGGCCAGGAUGUUCCCUGGUUCCUAGGCCAUGUCACCCCAAAAUCCUCGCUGCAAUCAUAG